GGGGCAUUGGGGUAUGAACGUUUGACUUCUGCUCAAAUUUCCCCCUAUUGACCGGCUUUGUUUUAUGUAAACCAACGAACCUGUGAUUCUUUCUUGGGGAAGGAAAAAUAAAAGGGAAGUUAAAUCGAACCCUUUUUGUAGACCAAUUGGAAUCCAAUCCAUUAACCGCAAUUAGGGUUAGUUUUUCUACAGAAAUUCUUUAAUUGCGACGUAAAAUCAGUGGAAUCAUUAUUUGCAGUGGACAGUGUUCCUGAGGGGACUAGCAUCUAUUUUGGAUAGCACCAAUUAUGCAAUCGUUUCCUCCCAAAUUUUUGGCAUACUAGGAUGGCUGUAAUCCCUGAAGAGCAGAAUAUAGACCAUGCAAUGGACAGUUUCCCGUUGCUUGUGGAGAGUCGAGGAAACCAUGAAAAUCAACAUGUCAUUGAUUUAGAGAGAGGAGGUGAUGAUGACACUUCCUCAUCAGAUGCAUCCAGUAAUUCUCCUUCUCAUGGGCACUCUCAUAGCCCUAGGGUUUCCACUUCUCAACUAAUUCGUGCUUCAUCCAGUGGAUCAAAUGCACUUGGGAGAAGAGGGGAAGGAUUUGGUCGUCGUCGCUGGAGCCCGUUUGACACUUUGUUAUGGAUUUCAAUUGAGCUAGUAUUCACCUUGGGGCAAAUUAUUGCAUCCAUUGUUGUUUUAUACAUAUCACGACAUGAAAACCCACAGACUCCUUUGUUUGCUUGGAUUGUUGGUUAUGCAGCUGGGUGUGUUGCAAGUCUUCCAUUUUUAUACUGGCGUUAUCUUCAUCGUAAUCAGGCUACUGAACAGGGGUCAACUCAGGUUCGACAGACACCUUCUGAGGGUAACCAUCCACCAGAACCAAAUUCUUACAUAACAAUCUCAUUUGCUCGCUCUUCAGAAGAGGAAACUCGUCCGACCACAUCUCCUGACACUUGGAAUGGUCUAAAUGUGGGUUCGAAUGCUAGGAUUACCAUGCUUGUGGACCAUUUCAAAAUGGCUCUGGAUUGCUUCUUUGCUGUUUGGUUCGUAGUUGGCAACGUUUGGAUCUUUGGAGGUCAUUCAUCUUCUGCCGAUGCUCCCAAUUUGUACAGGCUUUGUAUAGUAUUUCUUACCUUUAGCUGUAUCGGCUAUGCCAUGCCCUUCAUUUUAUGUGGGAUGAUAUGUUGUUGCCUGCCUUGUAUCAUCUCCAUCCUUGGUGUCCGUGAGGAUAUGAAUCAAAUGAGAGGAGCAAGUGAAGAUUCUAUCAAUGCUCUGCCAACACACAAGUUCAAGCUAAAGAAGAAUGGGAACAAUGACACUAAAGAUAAUGAUUCAGGAAUUGAUGAAGGUGGGAUUCUAGCAGCAGGGACAGAAAAAGAGCGUGCCAUCUCUGGGGAAGAUGCUGUGUGUUGCAUAUGCCUGGCAAAAUAUGCAGAUAAUGAUCUGCUGAGAGAGCUUCCUUGCACGCAUUUCUUCCAUAUAGAAUGCGUAGAUAAAUGGCUGAAGAUCAACGCUUCUUGUCCAUUAUGCAAGUUUGAAAUUGGGGGCAGCAAUGAGAAUUCAUCUUCUACAGAAGACUCAAAUCAGCAGCAAGCAUGAAAGGAAUUAUGUUGAUUGCAUAAAAAUCAGAAGUUAGAAAGAAAGAUAUAUAACAUUCUGCUGUCCAGUUGAUUAUGACUGUAAGUCUUUUACCAUUUGGCAAAUUAAGGGUUGUAUAGAUGAAUCAAACCAAAUGUGUUGUUAUAGUAGUUGUCUAAUAAAAAUACAGUUUUCCCAAAGC